GGGCGGCCGGCUCAGCUUGGGGAGAGGCAGUUGCGGAAUGGCCCGGCGGGGGGUGGGCGGGAACCGCAGUGGUGGCGGCGGCAGGCGGCCCUGAGAGCGGCGUGGGGCUGCCCCUCCCCGGAGGUGGCGGGGGCGGCCGGGGCCGCGCCGCACCACACCGCGCGGGAGGUCAUGGAGCUAGCCUAGGGCCGGACAGGAGUUGUGGAGGUGCUUUAGUGAAGAAAUGGAACAAUGUGUGUAAUGAUGGAAUCUCCUUGCUAACCAUCACCACCUGCUCUCCUUGAUAAGUGAGCAAGAGAUUGGGUCAGGGGAGAAGGAAAAGAAGUCAACAUGAAGCUAAAGCAGCGAGUUGUGCUGUUAGCAAUACUCCUUGUCAUCUUUAUCUUCACCAAAGUUUUCCUGAUUGACAACUUAGAUACAUCAGCUGCCAACCGGGAGGACCAGAGGGCUUUUCACCGAAUGAUGACAGGCUUGCGAGUAGAGCUGGCACCCAAGCUGGACCACACCUUGCAGUCUCCUUGGGAGAUUGCAGCCCAAUGGGUGGUGCCCCGGGAAGUGUACCCUGAAGAGACCCCAGAGCUGGGGGCAAUCAUGCAUGCCAUGGCCACCAAGAAAAUCAUUAAAGCUGAUGUGGGUUAUAAAGGGACGCAGUUGAAAGCCUUACUGAUACUUGAAGGAGGUCAGAAAGUUGUCUUCAAACCUAAGCGGUAUAGCCGAGACUAUGUGGUGGAAGGGGAGCCAUAUGCUGGUUAUGAUAGACACAAUGCAGAGGUGGCAGCCUUUCACUUGGACAGGAUUCUGGGUUUCCGCCGAGCUCCUUUGGUGGUUGGCAGAUUUGUUAAUCUACGGACAGAAAUCAAGCCUGUUGCCACGGAGCAGCUGUUGAGUACCUUCCUAAUCGUAGGAAACAAUACUUGUUUCUAUGGGAAGUGUUAUUACUGCCGAGAAACAGAGCCAGCGUGUGCCGAUGGAGACACGAUGGAGGGAUCUGUCACACUUUGGCUUCCAGAUGUAUGGCCUCUGCAGAAACAUCGACACCCCUGGGGCAGGACUUACCGGGAAGGCAAAUUGGCCAGGUGGGAGUAUGAUGAGAGCUACUGCGAUGCUGUGAAGAAAACAUCUCCAUAUGACUCAGGCCCGCGCCUCUUGGACAUCAUUGACACCUCUGUCUUUGAUUACCUGAUUGGCAAUGCUGACCGCCAUCACUAUGAGAGCUUUCAAGAUGAUGAAGGAGCUAGUAUGCUCAUCCUUCUUGAUAAUGCCAAAAGCUUUGGGAACCCCUCGCUGGAUGAGAGAAGCAUUCUUGCCCCUCUCUAUCAGUGUUGCAUCAUUCGAGUUUCCACUUGGAACAGACUGAACUAUCUAAAGAAUGGAGUGCUAAAGUCUGCCUUAAAAUUUGCCAUGGCCCAUGACCCCAUCUCCCCUGUGCUCUCCGAUCCUCACCUGGAUGCUGUGGACCAGCGGCUGCUGAGUGUCUUGGCCACCGUGAAGCAAUGCACUGACCAGUUUGGGAUGGACACUGUGCUAGUGGAAGACAGAAUGCCUCUCUCCCACUUAUAAUUCUCAACACAAAAUAAGUGAGACUUAUUUUUACAAAGAUAGAGAAACAGCACAAUCAAUUCCAAAUAGUAUCAGAUGGCUUUGGAAGUUGUCAGCAGCAAAUUUUGGUAGUAGAGGACAGGUUGGCGUUGGAUGUCUGUGGUGUUUUCUGAAAUAGAAACUAAGGCAGACAUAUUUCAGAGCAUGAGAUGUUCCUGCAGAACCACCUUGACUUCCUCGGUAGUGGCCCAUUUUAGCAGUGGGUAUCGGCGUUGGUCAGUUUUAAGUCCCAUGCCAAAGGACAAACAGAAGUGUGACAUUGGAUAGGUGGAUGCUGCAGUUGCUUCCAAGAGUGUGUUUUAAGGUGAACCUUACAGUCCUUUCUCCACACUUACGGAUUUUGUGGAAACACUUUACAAUUUCUUGUCUUUUUUUUUUUUAACCAGGACUACUCAAAUUGGAAAGCAUACUGCUACCCACAGAGUAGCAGCAAAUAAAACUUUGCAUUCUGUUGAGCCAAAAUAGAACGCUGUAUUGAAGGGGGAUACAUUUGUAAGAUAGAAUUGGUGGGAAGGGCAAAAGCAGGAAGAUAUUCAGUAUGUUAAGCAAUUGUGUUGUAUGGUUUAGAUGAUUUUAGAGGAGAGAAGAAGAGAGACACUCAGAACAAGAAUCAGCAGAAAGUUAAUUCCCCUGUGAUUAGGAUCUAAGGUAUGUAAAAGGCAAACAUGACUUGGUACGUAAGUAAAAUCUGCAUUCUCUCAGUUGUGUCCAAAUUAAUCAAAACAUUGUCUCUAGAGAAAAUAUUUUUACAACCCAAGCAUGAUUCUCUUAUGGAGACUGAUUUUCCCUUUUGCUUAAAGCAGUCAGAUCCUUUCUAAAUUAACAAAGCAAACUGAAAUACUGCCUUGAAUAAGAGUCAGGUUGUGUGAUCUCUACAAUCCUCAUUUCACUUCUGAAAUGAAUUUCCAUUUCGUUUCUAAAGUAUUUGGUCAUUGAAGACGCUGUUCCCAGGAGAUCAGUGGCCCUGUUUCUGCCUUUCUUGUAAGAAAAGGCAGCUAUGCCACAGGAGACAGUAUACACCCUGCUGGCGGAUAGACCUAGUUUCUGAGCCAUGCAGAAGACUGGAAUCAAAGAUAUUAAGCCUUCUAAGCCUUGAAAUUAAGGGAGUUACCAGAAGUAGCCUUAAGAUUUUGAUUUAUAUCAAAUCCUAAUUUUAUCGUUAGUCUCAUUUGUAGUUAACACUCUCGAAUUCAUGUUGCUAAAACAUAGGCUUAGUACUGUGUUCUGGCAAAAUCAUCCUGACAUGUAGGCAGCUGCAGUAAAUUAUAGGGCCAGAGGGGACAGGCCUGGCAUGCCCACUUGCCUGUGCACUCGGAGCUGUGUGUGUCCCUCCUGUGUCUUAUCCAGAUCCCAUUUCAUUUGUAUUUCUGUCAAUUAGAGACUAGUAUUUAAACAGUGUAGUUGAGCAAAUUUAAUGCCAGUUACCUUUGACCACUACCCUUUCAAAAACAGCUUUGCAAUUCAUGCCCCAAUUUUCUGCCAUUGAAAGAUAACUGAGUAACUUGUAACUACUUUAAAAUAGCAUGAAAUUAGGAAACCAUUGUAAUCUUUAUAGACAUUUUGUGGUGGACAUAAGAAUGGCUGAUUUUAAAAAAGGGUAUUGAAUUUAAGAAGCAGAUACUGUACAAAACAUUCAAAUAGUGUUAACAAAAGAAGGCAUCGAUUCCGAUUUUAAGGCCACUUGCUAUGUGUGUUCAGGGAAAUUCACAGUUCAGAUUGAGAAUACCUUGGUUUAGUGCUUCCCUGAAGCUUCUAGGAGCCAGCUGGCAGAAGGGAGUACAAAGGACAUCAGUCAGUUCUGCUCUUCUCAAAAGUGUUAAUUGAAAUAAAUUAUGGUUUAGUGUUCUUUCAGACACAUGUUGCCUUUAGUACACCACAACGAAAUGAGUAAGAACUGUUCUCAGACUGGGAACUUCCUGAGGCCGAAGGCAGUAGAUUCUGCUAAGGGGGAAAAAAACAGGAAGGAGAUUUGUUUGAAAAAUGCUUCCUCCACAAGCCCAAGGUCCAGAGUUUGAUCCCCAGUACCAAAAAAAGAAAGAAAGAAGGAAGGAAGGAAGGAAGGAAAAGAAAGAAAAAUGUUUCCUCCUUGCUUGAAAGCAUUUGCAAAAAUGUAUCAUCUUAUUCUUUUCCUUACUACUUUAAAACUCAGAAUCUUAAAAGGUACUCAGAUUCACAGUGGUUAAGUUAGACCUAACACACAGCAUACAUUUAUGUUCUAAAUUAGGAUUGGUUUAAGUUAGAAAAAGUGUUCAGAUGAAUCUUGGAGAAAACCAACCCUAAGCUUACAGUCCUAAAAUUCAGAAACACUAAGUUCUGUGUGAAAAAAAAGAUACUUAAAAAAAAAUGUUUAGUAAUGCUGUCCUCUUUUAGUUUUGUUUAUUAGAAUCUAGCUCAGGCUGUUACAGCCAAGUCAUUGGAGGGUUUUUGGUUAGGUAUGGCAGCUGAACACCUAGAUAGAUGUGGAUACCUUUUAAUACUAUGAAAGUAGGAAAAUCAGAACUGAUUUCCAUUUCCUGUUCUACUUCUUCAAAAUGUGUAUUUUGAAGUUUGAAUGUAGAUAUUUGGGUGUAGAGAUUUUGUUUUAAAACUUCUUUAAUGAGGCUACAUUGUGGUUUAGGGAAAGGGGUAUAAUUUUCCGUGCUGAACAAAUUAAUACAAUCUAAUUUGCUCAGAGUAUUGUUCAGUAUAUUUUGAGGCAUUUAUCCCUGUUUGCACUCAGGGUUAAUAUGUCAAAUGAAAUUUAAGAAGAAAAUGGAGAAAUUUAGGUGUAUUUAUUUGCAUAGUAUUUUGGGAAAGUUGAAUCCCAUACAUGGCAGUUUUUCAAUGACACCUGGGCACAGCAUUAUCUUCCAAAGAAGUCUAUCUUUUCUUUAAAACACAAACUUUGGACUCCUCUUCCCAUACACCAUAUUCCUUAGCCUCCCUUCCCAGCCCUACCUGUCACCUCUCUGGGUUGGCAGAGCAGGCUCCUCAGUGAGCCUGUACGAGUUCUCCGUGAGCUUGGGCUUCAGGAAACAUGGGUGAAGCUGUACAUACUGAUAAAGGUGGAUAUGUGUUCUACUAAGGAGCAUGUAUUUAUUUUGACACAGAAAUACAGACAUCACAGAGGUACUUGAAACUGUUAAAAGUUCUCUUUUCAGUCCCUGUGAGUGGACUGUAAGUGACAUAAAGACAGCACAUACCUCCUGGGCAGCUCUGGUGAGCCAAGUGGGCCUGAACCUGACUCUGAAACUUGCUCUGGGAGGGAAGCCAGCUUGGCUGCCUUCCAUUCCUUAAGCGGUGAAUAGUCUGGGUGGUGAAUAAGGACUGGGUACCAUACUGUCACAGAUUUUUUGGAACCAGAGUGUUCCUCACAAACACAAAAUGGGCAAACUGGGAAUAACUUACUGGGGAGCUAAUUUAUUUGCUUAAAAGGAGGUGUAGAAAUCACUACCCUCUUGUUUGAUUGCCAAGGAUUUCCUCUCAGAGCUGUUGCACAAGUAGAGGUACUUGGUAAGACACCAAAUAAGAGACCCUCAAAUUUCUGAUGUGUUCUGUGGGUUCCAAUUCUGAAAAAAACAAUAAAGAUUUUAAUAAAUAUUGA